AGAACCAUCAUGCGUACUCUUCUUGUUUUAGCCGUUGCUUGUGUUGGAGUUUAUGCUCAAUUCUCCGAGGGAGGCAAGCAAUCCAUUCUGAAUGCUCACAAUGAUAUCAGAUCCAGAAUCGCAAAGGGAAACUAUGUUGCCAAAGGAAAUAGAAAAGAGAGUGCUACCAAUAUGCUUAAGAUGAAAUGGGACAGCUCCCUUGAACAAUCAGCUCAAAACUACGCCAAUGGGUGUCACAUGCAGCAUUCCACCAACGACAAAACCAUCGGAGAGAACCUCUACUGGGAGUGGAGUGGCGAUCCAUUCAGCGAUUUGGACAAAUUCGGAAAGAUCGCCACAGUUGCCUGGGAUCACGAGUUCGAGCAAUUCGGAUGGAACUCAAAUAAGUUUUCACUUGCUCUUUUUAACACUGGAGUUGCACAUGCUACUCAAAUCGCUUGGGCACCAACUGGUAAGAUCGGAUGUGGAGUUAAGAACUGUGGCCGUGAUGCUCGUCGCGGUGGAUUAUUCCAGGUUGCUAUUGUUUGCCAAUACAGAGUCCGAGGAAACUUCUUCUUCAAGAACAUUUACAACAGUGGAGCCACUUGCUCAGCCUGCCCAGCUGGAACCAGCUGCGAGCAAUCUACUGGACUCUGCGCCUAAGAUUUUUGAUAUGUAUUGGUGGUUUAGUAAAUGAAUUAUUUUCUCGAAAA